CAGAACUGAAUGAUCAAAUUGCAUUGCCGCCCUUCUAUUUAAAGUGGGUUCAGUGAGCUGUACCAUCACACCACACUUAAACAUCCUCUUGCAAAGCGAGAGCUUCCAUUCAGCCAGGCCAAUAGCAGAGUAAUGGAAACUUUGUUGUUUCCAGGCCUCUGUCGGCUCCUCUGCCUCUUCUUGGGUUUCUUCUGCAGCCUACCAUUACUAGGCAUCUGCGAUGAAUCAGAGAGCGAUAGACAGGCCCUCCUGUGCUUCAAGUCCGGCCUCUCGGCACCCGCCGGGGUUCUAACUUCAUGGAGCAACGUGUCCAUGGAGUUCUGCAACUGGCACGGGAUUACCUGCGGUGCGAUGUCCCCUCAGCGUGUCAUCGCGCUAGACCUUGAAUCCCAAGGCAUCUCGGGCUCCAUCCGACCUUGCAUCGCUAAUCUCACUUGGCUGGCAAGGCUCCAGCUGUCCAACAACAGCUUUGGUGGCGGCGUGCCGUCCGAGCUUGGCCUCCUGAGCCGACUCACCAACCUCAACCUCAGCAUGAACACUUUGGAAGGUACCAUCCCGCCCCAACUCUCUGCAUGUUCCCAACUCCAAGUCCUGGGCUUGAGGAAAAAUUCCCUCAGCGGAGAGAUCCCAGCUAGACUUAGCGAAUGCAAGCACCUUCAAGAGAUUAACCUUAGCAAAAACAAGCUCCAAGGGAGCAUCCCUCCUGCUUUCGCAAACCUUCCUGAGCUGCGCAUAUUAGAUCUGGCCAGCAACACACUUACUGGCAACAUACCGCCGUCUUUGGGCAGCUGCCGUCAUCUCACAUAUGUUGAUCUCGGGAUCAAUGCUCUUGGAGGGGUCAUCCCCGAGUCCUUGGCAAAUAGUUCAUCUCUUCAAGUACUUAGGCUCAUGAGCAAUAGUCUUACUGGAGAACUCCCAAAGGCUCUCCUCAACACUUUGUCACUUGGUGCCAUUUGCCUCGCACAGAACAAUUUCGUUGGUUCCAUACCUUCUGUUACUGUCAUCUCUUCCCCUCUUAAGCAUCUCUAUUUAGGGGAAAACCAUCUUUCAGGAAGAAUACCUUCCUCACUAGGGAACCUUUCUUCCCUACUUCGUCUUCAUCUCACAAACAAUCAUUUAGUUGGGAGCAUCCCGGAGAGCUUAGGUUAUAUUCCAACAUUAGAGAAAUUGGUCUUGAGUGCAAACAACUUAUCUGGACCGGUUCCACCGUCUAUCUUCAACAUGUCAUCCCUGAAAAGUCUCGCCGCAUUCGACAACUCACUUGUCGGAAGAUUACCCUUCGACAUCGGCUACACCCUCCAAAAUAUUGAGUACUUAAUACUCACGGGGAACAAUUUUGAUGGACCAAUUCCAGCCUCUCUUCUCAAAGCUUACCGCCUACGCUGGCUUCUCCUUAAUAGUAAUAGAUUUAUUGGAUCCAUACCAUUCUUCGGUUCAUUGCCAAAUUUGGUGCGUCUCGAUUUGGCAUCCAACGAGCUAGAAGCAGAUGACUGGGGAUUUGUCUCUUCACUAUCUAACUGCUCCAGAUUGAACAUGCUGGCCCUGGAUGGAAACAAUCUCAAUGGAAAAUUGCCAAGUUCUAUUGGAAAUCUUUCAAAUAGUCUUGACUCGUUGUGGCUGAAUAGCAACCAAAUUUCUGGACCUAUACCACCGGAGAUUGGCAACCUUAAGAGCCUCAGUAUAUUGUACAUGGAAUACAAUUUUUUCACUGGUAAUAUACCACCAACAAUUGGGAAAUUGAACAAAUUGGUAAAGCUAUCCUUUGCGCAUAACAGGCUUUUAGGUCAGAUUCCAGAUACUGUUGGCAAUCUUGUCCAGCUGAGUAUGCUGGAAUUGGAUCAUAACAACUUCAGUGGAAGAAUACCUGCAAGUAUAGCACGAUGCACUCAACUCACCAUACUCAACCUUGCUCACAACUCACUAGAUGGGCGUAUACCAAGUAAAAUCUUGACAAUCUCUACGCUUUCUAUAGAGCUGGACUUGUCAAACAACAACUUGUCUGGAGGAAUGCCAGAUGAAGUUGGAAGUCUCCUUCAUCUGAAGAAAAUCAACAUGUCAAAUAACAGGUUGACUGGCAACAUCCCAUCAACUCUCGGCCAGUGUGUUGACCUGGAGUAUCUUCAGAUGCAAAACAACUUAUUUGCAGGAAGGAUUCCUCAAACAUUUGCCAACUUAGUCAGCAUAAAACACAUGGAUAUUUCUGGGAACAAUUUGUCUGGAAAAGUACCGGAGUUCCUCAAAUCCUUGAAAUCACUUCAAGACCUGAAUUUAUCCUUCAACCAUUUUGAUGGAGCAGUUCCGACCGGAGGUGUUUUUGACAUCGCUGGUGCAGUCUCAAUCGAAGGAAAUGAUCAUCUUUGUACAAUCAUCCCAACGAGAGGUAUGUCUCUUUGUAUGGCACUGGCUGACAGCAAAAAAAAGCAGAAGCUACUGGUUCUUGUCCUGGUGAUUCUAUUGCCAAUUGUUGCUGCCACUGCAAUCCUUCUCUCUUGUAUUGUAACAAUUUAUUGGAGGAAAAGGAUGCAAGAAACUCCCCAUUUGCAAUAUCACAAUGAGCACAUAAAGAAAAUACAGAAGAUAUCAUUUGAGCAGAUAUCAUAUGAAGACUUGCUAAGGGCAACUGAUAGGUUUUCUUCUGCAAACUUAAUUGGUUCUGGAUCAUUUGGAAGGGUUUAUAAGGGAAGUCUGCAGUUUCAAGCAGAUCAAGUUGCCAUCAAGAUUUUUGACCUUGACAUUAAUGGGGCAGAUAGGAGCUUCAUAGCAGAGUGUGAAGCCCUAAGAAAUGUUCGCCAUCGGAAUCUUGUAAAAAUCAUUACCUCAUGCUCUUCUGUGGAUCAUACCGGGGCAGAUUUCAAGGCCCUAGUGUUCCCAUACAUGCCAAAUGGGAACCUAGAAAUGUGGCUGCAUCUAAAAGAUCCUGAAGAUGGUGAAAAGAAUAUUCUGAGUUUAAGCCAAAGGACUAACAUAGCCUUGGAUGUGGCAGUUGCUUUGGAUUACCUUCACAAUCAGUGUGCACCUCCAGUUAUACACUGCGACUUGAAGCCAAGCAAUAUACUUCUUGGUCUUGACAUGGCUGCGCACGUCAUUGACUUUGGCCUAGCAAGAUUCUUGUUCAGCACAGCAAAUGCACACCAAGAUAGUUCAGCAAGUUUGAGCCGCUUAAAAGGAUCCAUAGGAUACAUCCCACCAGAGUAUGGAAUGAGCGAAGAGAUAUCAACCAAGGGUGAUGUCUAUAGCUUCGGAGUGCUUCUGUUACAACUGAUAACAGGGUGUAGUCCAACUGAUGAAAAAUUUAACGAUGGUAUAAGCCUUCAUGAAUUUGUUGAUAGAGCAUUUACGAAGAAUAUUCAUGAGGUUGUUGACCCUACAAUGCUACAAGAUAACAGCAAUGCAACUGACAUGAUGGAGAAUUGCGUUAUUCCACUUCUAAGAAUAGGCCUCUCUUGCUCCAUGGCAUCACCCAAAGAGCGGCCUGAUAUGGGACAAGUUUCUACUGAGAUCCUUAGAAUAAAGCAUGUGGCCUCAGACACAUGCAUGUCUGAUGAAGCAAAGAAUUGGCAGGAUAGUAGCAAGCAACAGAAGAUCAUGUAAAGAA